AUUCACCAUAGAUAUUAGUUGUUCCAGUGAUAUAAGAAUUGUAUUUUUUUUUGAAAAUAAUGUAUUUAAGUGUAAAGUUUACCUUUUUUCUAAAACUCUGGAAACAAACUGUUGCACAGCUACUCUGGGUGAAUUGGAACAUGCCACCGGUAUGCAAAAAGAAGAUUGGGCCAGCUGGCUAUCAAAAAUACAGCGAGACAAGCCUGCAGAAAGCUGUCAGUGAUGUCAAGGCACGUAAAUUAUCACUCAGGAAUGCACCCAAAAAUUAUGGUAUACCACCUAGUACACUUUCAAGGAAAUUAAAUAACAAAAAUCCUUUAAAAAUGGGUGGACAAACUGUUUUUAGUUUAGAAGAAGAGAAGACAUUAGUCAGUGGAUUAUUUAAAUGUGCAGAAUGGGAUCAGCCAUUAACGACAAGUGAGAUAAGGGAUACUGUAAAGAGCUACAUGGGCCGGAGGGGAAGAGUGGAAAAGAGGUUUGAAGACAAUAGGCCUGGAUAUGAGUGGGUGAAAAUUCUGCUUUCAUGUCACCACAGUCUUCUCUCCGUUUGACUGAAAAUGUAAAGUUAGCUAGAGCUCAAGUGAACAGAGAUGUCACAGCUAGCUAUUUCGAAAAUUUGGAGGAGACUGUGAGAGGUGUUCCAGCUAGCCACAUAGUCAACUAUGAUGAGACCAACUUCUCCGAUGAUCCUGGUGCUAUUAGAGUGUUGGUCAAGAGGGGAUGUAAACAUCCUCAUAGAAUCGUAGACUCAUCCAAAACAAGCACAUCUAUAAUUAUAGCUGCUGCAGAAGACGGACAUCUUCUGCCACCUUAUGUAGUUUACAGGGCCACUCAUCUGUAUCCAACCUGAACUGAAGGUGGAGUGAAUGGUACAGCCUACAACAGAAACCGAAGUGGAUGGUUUGACCUCAGUAUAUUUGAAGAUUGGUUUCAGACAAUAGCUUUGCCAUAUCUUAGAAGGCUUGAGGGUGUCAAAGUUCGUAAGGAGACAAUCUCUCAAGCCACAUUUCCUUGUUUGUAGUCUCCCAUUGUGAGAAGGAGAAUAUUAAGUUUGUGUUGCUCCCGCCAAAUGCAACACACAUCUGCCAGCCUCUAGACGUGGCAUUCUUUUGCCCAAUGAAGAUAGCUUGCCGAAAAGCUUUGACUGAUUGGAAGAAUGUCAAUAGGGGUGUUCUUCCAAAAAGCGACUGCCCUAAGACACUGAAGGCGACAUUUCACUAUAUGGGUGAGAAAUGUUAUUGCAGGAUUUCGUGCUUCUGGUAUCAUACCUUUCGAUCCAGGAAAAGUUCUCUCUCUCUUACCUGUUAGUAGUUUGGAAAAUGAAACAGGUGACCUAAUGCAGGUAUGAUCUGAAGCCAUUGUGGAACACUUGAAAGAUGUUCGUUAUGGAUCUGUUAAUUCCCAACCCAAAAUAGCUCGUGGUAGAAAACAGGAAGUUCUCCCUGGGAAACGUGUCAUGUCACAGACAGAAAUUUCAGACGAUAUUGGAGAGGACAGCAAGGAGAAGGAAGCUGAUGAUCCCAAAGUUUUGGAUCAAGAAACUAUAAUAUCUGAGACAACAACUGAAGAGGAGUAUGGACCUGGACCUUCUGAGGCACCUCCAAUGAUACUGGCCAAAAACGAUUUUGUCUUGGUUAAGUUUCCUGUUACAGAGACUAACCAUUCAAAAUUAUAUGUAGGAAGGAUAGAGGCUAUGGAGCUGAAUGACGACAUUCAAGUUAAUUUCAUGAGGAAGAAAAUUAGUGAGAAACAAGAAUACUUUUUUUUCCUUAUGUUGUAGACGUGUGUGGUGUCAAAAGCACAAGUUGUGAUGAAGGUGCAAAGAACUGAUUUCCGACGAGGUAGAAUGAUAUUUAAAACUCUUGAAGGCAUUGACAUCAUGUAAUGUAAAGUGUUGUAUUAAGUACCUAAUGAAUGAUAUGAUUUGUUUUUUGUAACAUCAUUGCAUUAGAAAAGCAUUUGUAAGCUCAGACA